AGAGAGAGAGAGAGAAACAAAGAGGUCUACGGUUCUACCUUCUCCUUCAUCUCACUUCUUGCUGAAAAGUCCCCUUCAUAUACUUUGUUUGUGCUUCAAGCAUAGCAUCCAAACAGACACUCAUCUGAGAAAUUUGAAGAACAAAGAAUCGAAUGGAUUCUUCUCUCCAUCGAGCAAAAUCGUACUCAGAGAUGGCGUACGUGGACCGCGCGUUCUCGAUUUCGGACGAGGACAUUAUGAUGGAGACAUCGUACAGUGUAAACAAUCGACCGCCGAUCAAGGAAAUCGCUCUCGCAGUCUCUCUCCUCGUCUUCGGAAUUGUAGCAAUCGUCCUUGGAAUCUUCAUGGCAUUCAACAAUGUCGGCGGUGACAGAGCUCACGGUAUAUUCUUUGCGGUUCUUGGAGGGAUUUUGUUCCUUCCGGGGUUCUACUAUACGCGGAUUGCGUACUACGCGUAUAAGGGUUACAAAGGUUUCUCUUUCUCAAACAUACCUCCUGUGUAGAGGUCGCAUCUGACCCCGAUACUCUUGCUACCGAACUCUUGGCUUUGAUUUCAUUUUUCUUUGGAAUGUUUAUUUUUAUUGUUACAGUUGUUUUUACAUACUUAUAUGGUGUACAUAAUGAUACAUGUUCAAGACAAUUGUCUUUAUUCUGUUUCUUCUUGUGAUAUUGGAAAAAAUAUAUUCUUGUUGUGUGAGGAUUGUGGAUGUACUAUUUACAUACAUGCAAAUAUACACACAUCUAUAUGAUAAGAGAGACACACAAAAUGCGUGCGAAUAACUACAACAGCGGGGAAACUUGAAGAGUUUUAGAGGUUUAGUGCUGCUAGGAUAAGGUGCUUUAGCAAAUUUUAACCUUCAGUGAUAAGUAUGGCUUUAUUUGGCAAUUUGGUUUGUAAACGUUCAGAUAACCUUCCUGCCUAACUUAAAAUAAGUAACACAAAUUGCGUAGCAUUAGAUUAUGCUAUUCCAUUUGAUCAGUCGGUUCUUCGAUUAUUCUCAUUCAACAUUAUUCUAGAGAAAACUUGUAUGUACAAUGCCACUGGGAAAAAUACCAGACAUUUUAAGUUUCCUAUCUGAAUUUUUUGAAAUUAAUAGCAGACACUACACUUGUCAAGCACACUAUCUGAUAAGUAACACAGUGGACUUUGGUUGCUUUUCAAUGUUAAACGCAUGCCUGUAAGAGAAUUUGAAGAAACUAAAUGUAUCUAAGAACAAUACAAGUAUAAUGCAAUGUACUUUGCCGCCAUCAUGCUGAUU